CGGAGCCAAGGCUGUUGCCAAACACAGAUUUUCGCGCCCUCGUCGUUGGUAACAGCGAAGAAGCCUGUACUCUCCGGUGAGGUCGAUAUUUUGAAGAUGUCCAAAAUUGAGGAAGUCCACUCUGACCACGAAGGUCAUGACCAUCAUGACCAUGAUCAUGACCACGACCACGAAGAAGAUCCGACAUCUACUGCUGCUCUUGAGAAGGUUCAGUCCCGCUCGGAGAGGAAGGCCAGGAAAGCCCUGCUCAGUCUGGGUUUGAAGCACGUCCCAAACAUCACACGGGUCACUCUCAGGCGGCCUAAGAACGUUCUCUUCGUUCUUGCUUCACCAGAUGUCUACAAGUCGCCGAACAGUGACUGCUACAUCGUCUUCGGCGAAGCCAAGAUCGAAGACAUGAACUCUCAGGCGCAGAUGACCGCUGCUCAACAAUUGGCAGCUGGUGCUACUACUACGGGGCUUGAGAACUCGGGUGUCGGUGCAGAUGAUGAUGACGACAGCAUUCCAGAGCUUGAAGCUCCUGAAGAUGAUGGCCCUGUCGAUGAGACUGGUGUUGACCCCAAGGACAUUGAUCUUGUCAUGACACAAGUGAACUGUUCUCGUGCAAAAGCUGUCCGUGUGCUAAAGGAGAGUGGUGGAGAUCUCAUCAAUGCUAUCAUGGCGGCCAGCGAGUGAUCUCGUCCCUCUAUAUAUUCCUUGUAGUGCUUUCGUUCCAAUACAAAAACAGACCAUUUCGGGUUUCCUGGUUCGUUGCACAAGACUGAGGAUGAAUCAAGACUGCCAUCGCCGCAAUUCUACAUAAUAAUUGGAUCGCUCCCAGCCGUCUUGAAUAAUUUCAACGCCGUAACCGCCUGUGCUAAAAUCUGAACUAGCUCCGAUGCACAGUCCCAUCUGCUCUGCACACUUGAUGACCAGCCCAGGAAGUUCACC